GGUAUCUCGUCCAGUCGUUUGAGAUGGCAGAAGACGGGAAGUUCCGAAUUGAGAAGUUCGAUGGUACAGAUUUCAGUUGGUGGAAGAUGCAAAUUGAAGAUUUGCUGGUUCAAAAAGAUUUGGACGUGGUUUUAGGUGACAAGCCAAAAAAGAUGUCGGAUGCAGAUUGGGCAGGUUUGGAUCGGAAAGCUAUGUCCGUGAUCCGUCUCUCAUUUACCAAGAAUGUUGCGUUCAACAUUCUGAAGGAGAAGACAGCGAAGGGAAUUAUGGACACGCUGUCUAACAUGUAUGAGAAGCCAUCUCCAGCGAACAAAGAUUUUCUGAUAAGAGAGCUGGUGAACACAAAAAUGAAAGGAGGCACUUCAGUUACCGAGCAUAUCAACAAGUUGAAUUCGAUCUUAGCCAGACUAUUGUCAGUGGGCAUUAAGUUCGAUGAUGAAGUUCAAGCUUUACUACUGCUAUCGUCUUUACCUGAUAGUUGGUCCGGAACGGUUACAGCAGUUACCGGUUCAGUGGGACCCGAUGGAUUCACCUUUGAUCAGAUUCGAGAUCUCGUUCUUGGCGAGGAUGGCCGCUGCAAUAGGAGAGCUGAGGAAGAUUACUCGAUGUACAGGGAAUCGUGGUGGAUGGCAGUUGAUGACUAUCAAGCCUCCAAGUGGGAGAAUGUUGGGUUUGUGGAGGCUUGGGCUUGACUUUUGGCCCGGCCCAUUUUACAAAACCCUAGAUGCACUCUUCCUAUAUAUAUUGCAUUCUUGUACUUGUAAUCAGUACCACAAGUGAAAUAAGAAAAUCCUCCCGUUGCAGCCGUGGAUUAGGGAAACCGAACCACGAUAAAUUCUUGUGUGUCGU